AUGACACAACGUGUUUAUUUGAUUAUCUUAUUUUUGUGUCUUGGAUUAAUGAAUCCAUUUGCAACUGGAAUUUUUAUGGACAAGCUUGCCAGCAAGAAGCUGUGUGCUGAUGACGACUGUCUCUACACCAUUUCCCUUGUCAGAGCAGAAGAGGAUUAUAAAGCUCCAGACUGCAGAUUCAUUAAUAUUAAAAAAGGGCAGUUGAUUUAUGUUUACUCAAAACUAGUGAAAGAAAAAGAAUCUGGAGAAUUCUGGGCUGGAAGUGUUUAUGGAGAAGAGUAUGAAGACCAUAUGGGGACAGUUGGCUACUUCCCUCGCAGUUUAGUCUCAGAACAACAUGUCUAUCAAGAAGCAAAUAAGACCGUUCCUACAACGGACAUUGAUUUCUUCUGUGAGUAGUGCUGAAGAUGGCUGGGUAAUCUCCAGGGUGCUAUCAAGAAAUGCUGACAAAGAAACUUGGAACCCUCCACCGAACACCAGCUUUUUUUUUUUUUAAUACCUAAUUGUAAAAUAAGUCACCUUUCAAGUGCAGAAGUUGAUUUAAAGGCAGUAAUUUGGGGUGGGGAAAGUAGUCUUAUACGGGAUUUAUUCGUUAGAAAUUAUUUACCUGCAUAUACCUGUGAAUGCCUCUAUAAGCCUUUGCAUUACUUUGAGUAGUGCAGAUGACAUGUAGAAUUAAA